UAUUGAGAACGUAAACGCCUAUUAGGCAGGUACCAGGUAGGCAUGUAUGUAUUAGCACCCUUAGCAAGGUCAAGUGCCUCCCAAACGUCAAACCUGAGAUUAUUGAUUAUUUCUCAAAUUCGUCUUGUCGCAAACACUCGUUCGCAAACUCUACCAUCAAACAUACCUAUUUGUCUUACAGUCUGGCCUCUUCUAUACCAUCUUCUAUAUCCGGCGUAAAUGAAUUAGACAUACCCUCCUUUUCAAACAAAAAUGCCACCUGCUAUUAGCGACGACGAAGAGUCUGAUAUCGGCGAGCUAUCCGUCCCCUUGCGAUCGACGCGCGAAAGGAAGCCAAUGAGUAGCCUCAAAGACGGCGAUGAUAUGGCCAAAGCGGUAAGAAGUGGCUCCAAGAACGGCGAUAACGACCACGAGGAGGACAAUGACAUAGAAGAAGAAGAUGAGGAAGAAGAUCCAAUGGACUUGGAGGAGGAUGAGUAUAUCGUCGAGAAGAUUCUCGCCCACACCGUCGAACCUAAUGAUUUGAUCCUUUUCAAGGUCAAAUGGGAAGGCUAUGACAAGAAGUCAGAUCAAACUUGGGAGUCUUAUGAUAAUCUCAAGGAAAAUGCGGUGGACAUUUUAGAGGAAUACCUUGCCAGCGUAGGUGGGAAAGAAAAAAUCAUCGCGGAUACCAAGGGAGCAAUGAAGACGAAGAAGCGCGGCAGGCCUCCCACGGGAACACCAUCAAAUGGUAAGAAGCGACCACGAAACGAGGACCAUCCCGCUUCAGCGACGCCCCCGGCUGGUACAAAAUCCUGGAAACCACCGGUAGGUUCCUGGGAAGAUGAAGUUGAAUCCAUCGAUGCUUGUCACGAUGAAGCCAGUGGCAAAUUGAUCGUCUACCUCACGUGGAAGAAUGGUAAUAAGACCCAGCACGAGACUAAGGUCAUUUACCAGCGGUGUCCGCAGAAGAUGCUUCAGUUCUACGAGCGGCAUGUUAAGAUCGUUAUGUCCUCAACUGACAAUAGCAAUAACUUACCCUAAACUCGCUCUCGAGGACCUCGACUAUCUACCAACCUAGUAUCUACCUACCUAGGCAGAUAGAUAGCGGUGAUGUUGCUAGUGAAGCACUCAUGAUACAGGUCUCCUACAAUUGGAUGGAUGAUAUGAAUAACUAGGCACGGCACCUUGUAUACCUACGUUCCCAAGCAAUGUCUCAGCUCAGGUCUACGAACAAGUAUAUGGAUUUCAUUUCAUUUUCAUGGAGGAGUUCCGGUCCGUUUCAGCAAAUGGUCAAUGACGGGACGAAGGCAAGGGGCCCCUGUGCUCAAUAUUUACACCUUUCUCGAAGGUACCAAGCUGAUAUUCUGAAGUCAGAUGCUCUUCAGCCAAAGUCCAAAGUCCACGAGCCUCAUGGAAAUUUCACUAUUUUCAUCAGCCUUCAAUUUUCACGAAAAUGUAAUUGUGUCCAGUGAGCCACGAGUGUCACCAAGGCUUUUUCGAAUACGCAG